CAUGGAUACUCGUCUUCUCUGAAUCUCUGGUCUGGUGGUGUAUUGAUUUGCAGAAGAUUAGAUUGAAUUGAAUUUGAUUGCUGAAUCUAGCUUUAGCUACGAUGAAGCUCGGUGCUAGGCUUAUUGCUUUUAUGCUUCUCCUAUCUCUUACGAUUGUACUAACGAAAGCGGAAGUCAUUACGUUGACCCCUGAAACUUUCUCCGACAAGGUGAAGGAGAAGGAUACUGCGUGGUUUGUAAAGUUCUGUGUUCCUUGGUGUAAGCACUGCAAGAAAUUGGGGAACUUGUGGGAAGAAUUGGGGAACGCAAUGGAAGGUGACGAUGAAAUUGAGAUUGGGGAAGUAGAUUGUGGUAAAAGCAGAGAUGUUUGCACCAAAGUUGAGAUUCAUUCCUAUCCAACGUUCAAGCUAUUUUACAAUGGAGAAGAAGUUUCAAAAUACCAAGGUAAAAGAGACGUUGAAUCGCUCAAGACGUUUGUUGUAGAGGAAACUGAAAAGGCAGCAGAAAAAGCACAACUUGAAGACAAGGAACUGUGAUUCAUCCUUUUGUUCAUUCAGUUUUGCUUAUGCAGUUGACUUAGUUUCACCACAAGUUAGAUAGGCAUGGUGGCGGAAUAGAUCAAGUCUUUUGGAUUUAUAUGCCUUCCAAACACAUACUGUUUUUUCAGUUUCAGUGCGAGACAACGAUCACUGACACUCUUCUGUUGUAUUUUCGUUUACGAGCAAUUGCAUUGUGCUUUGAUA